AUGAGCAGAUGGGGUUUAAGUUUGUUGUUAUUCUGCCACUUGUUUCUAAAUUUUCUUACUUUUCCAUGUUGCUUUUCCCCUCACACUUUUCCGUGUUGCUUUUUUCCCCUGCUCUCUCUUUUUGGUCUUUCAUUCAACCUUCUCACCCUUUUCCGUCUUUCAUUCUCCCUUCUAGCCCUUUUCCUUCUUUCAUUCCUCCUUCUAGCCCUUUUCCAUCUUCCAUUCCCCCUUCUUGCCCUUUUUCCGUCUUUCAUUCCCUCUUCUCACCCUUUUCCGUCUUUCAUUCCCCCUUCUAGCCCUUUUCCAUCAUUCUUUCACUCUUCUCACACUUUUCCAUCUUUCUUUCCUCCUCCUCGCCCUUUUCCAUCUUUCAUUCCACCUUCUCGCCCUUUUCCGUAUUUCAUUCCACCUUCUCGCCCUUUUCCGUAUUUCAUUCCACUUUCUCUGUUUUUCUUUCCCCUUCUCACCCUUUCCUGUCUUUGCUUCCCCCUUCUCACCCUUUUCUAUCUUUCGUUCCCCCUACUAUACGUUUUCCAUCUUUCAUUCCCCCUUCUCAUACUUUUCCAUCUUUCUUUCCCUCUUCUGGCCCUUUUCCAUCUUUCUUUCCCCCUUUUCGUCCUUUUCCGUCUUUCAUUCCCCUUUCUCGCCUUUUUCCGUCUUUCAUUCCCCCUUCCUGUCUUUUUCCAUCUUUCAUUCCACCUUCUCGCCCUUUUCCGUCUUUCAUUCCCCCUUCUCUGUCUUUCAUUCCCCCUUUUCGCCCUUUUCCGACUUUCAUUUCCCCUUCUCACACUUUUCCAUCUUUCAUUCCCUCUUCUCACCUUUCCAUCUUUCAUUCCCACUUCUCGCCCUUUUCCAUCUUUCUUUCCCCUCUCUCUCUUUUAUGAAUUUCUUUUUUUUCUGCUCUCUCUUUUUCUGUGUUUCUUUAUUCUCCUUCUUUCACUUUUCCGUGCUUCUUCCUCCCUCUUUUGUACUCCUCUUUCUCUCUUUUCCAUGUUGUUUCCCCACUCUCUCUUUACCUAA